CGCACAGGACGUGGCGGAGCUCGCCCUCCGGUGAGCCAGGCUGGAUGGGGGUGCGAGGGGUACACCCGCGUUUCUGGCGGCGUGGGCGGCACAUCCCCGCGGGGCGGGGGCAAAGGCAGGGGGGGUCCGGCCCGCCCCGGCCUUGAACUUCCCCGCACUCGGAGGGAAAGUUUCUGGCGGAGGAGGCGGGUUCCAGCCCCGGCGCUGCUCGGGGCGGGGGGAAGCGGGAGGCGGGCGGUGGCGGUGCGCAGCCGGCACCAGCCCCCGCUCGUCGGCCGGCGGGGAAAGAGAGAAAAGGAAGAAGAAGAGGAAGAACCGUUCGGAAGAGCCCGAGGAGCCGCCGCAGCAGCAGCAGCAGCGCCCGGCGUUCCCCGGACGGAGAGGGUGAGAGCGAAGGAUGAAGAUGGUGGGUGCCCUGAUGGUUACGCUCUGGCUGUGCAUGGUCACCCUCGGCAGCGGCUCUGAACGCUGCGAUGACUGGGGUGUGGACACCAUGAAGCAGAUCCAGAUUUAUGAUGGGGAGCCUGCCAAGAUCAAAUGCCCACUUUUCGAGACCUUCUUGAAAUACAACUACAGCACAGCCCAUUCUGCUGGCUUAACCCUGAUCUGGUACAGGAUCGGGCAGGACCGGGAUCUGGAGGAGCCCAUUAAUUUUCGUCUCCCGGACAAUCACAUCAGUAAGGAGAAAGACACCCUUUGGUUCUGGCCUGCCCUUCUCAAUGACACUGGGAAUUAUACAUGCAUGCUCAGAAAUACAACCUACUGCAGCAAAGUUGCAUUUCCCUUGGAGGUUGUUCCGAAAGACCAACACUCUUGUGUGAGCCGUUCAAUAAAACCCGUUGAGGAGAUGUUCUAUUUGGAGCACCCCAAUGAGAAGAUCAUAUGUCCAGAUAUUGAUGGGUUUUACCCUGCUAGUGUAACACCAACUGUCAAGUGGUACUUGGACUGCAACUUGAUCAAUGGCUUCCAUGAGCGAUACCCCCAAGGACCUAGGCUUGUCAUCGGCAUUGUCCGCAGUGCAUAUAGAGGGAAUUACACCUGUAUUGUGACAUUCAAGGACCACGGAAGAACCUAUAAUCUCACCAGAACCAUAAAGAUGAAGGUGGUGGGAUCUCCGAACAAGGCCUUGCCACCACAGUUCACCUCUCCAAAUGAGAAAGUUGUCUAUGAAGUGGAAGCAGGAGAUGACCUUAUUCUGUCCUGUGAGGUCUUUUUCACCUUCCUAAAGGACUCCCGGACUGAGGUGUGGUGGACCAUAGAUGGGAAAAACACAGAUGACAUCAUGGACCCAAAGAUAAAAGUCACACAAAGUGAAAUUACUAGAGAUUUUGAAGACAAAACUAUCAUAAGGACUCUAACAGUAGCAAAAGCCACAGCAGAGGACUUGAAACGGAAUUACACGUGCUAUGCCAGAAAUGCCAAGGGCGAGGACCACAGCCAGGCCAUAGUGCGCAUGAAAGUUGUAGCACCGAAGUACACUGUGGAGCUGGCGUGUGGACUGGGAGCAACCAUCCUGCUUGUUGUGGUGCUGAUAGUCAUCUAUCAUGUUUAUUGGCUUGAAAUGGUCCUCUUCUAUCGGGCUCAUUUUGGAACAGAUGAAACCAUUCUAGACGGGAAGGAGUAUGAUGUGUACGUGUCUUACGCGCGCAACGCGGAGGAGGAGGAAUUUGUGUUGCUGACGCUGCGAGGAGUCUUGGAGAAUGAGUUUGGGUACAAGCUGUGUAUCUUCGACAGAGACAGCCUCCCUGGGGGAAUUGUCACAGACGAAACCCUGAGCUUCAUCCAGAAAAGCCGACGUCUACUUGUUGUCCUGAGCCCCAACUACGUCUUGCAGGGGACACAGGCCCUGCUGGAGCUCAAGGCUGGUUUAGAGAACAUGGCCUCCAAGGGCAACAUCAAAGUCAUUCUAGUGCAGUACAAAGCCAUCAAGAAGAGCAAAGUGAAGGAGCUGAAGCAGGCCAAGGCGGCCUUGACUGUCAUUAAAUGGAAAGGCGAGAAAUCCAAGUUCCCAAAGGGCAGGUUCUGGAAGCAGCUGCAGGUGAAAAUGCCAGUGAAAAAAAUCAACAGGAGCUUGAGCCUUGAUGUGCUCAUACAUAUGCCUGAGAAAUGUUUGACACCACCAGAAAACAAAACCCCAAAACCCUACAAUUUAGGCCAGGGCGUGGAAAGGAACUCGGGGCUUUUGCCAUGAAGGACUGUCCCAAGCAUUUCAGUCACGCGUCUCUGCAGCUUUUCUACUGCCCUGGCAGUAGAGAGACCAAAGAUGCACACACCUUCUCUCUGUAAAUGCAUAUCAUUAGCAUCAGCCAUACAAGCUCUCUCAAGGUUUAAAUUUGGGCUAUCCAGGUGGGAAUGCAACCACCACCAUGUGAUAGCAUGGUAUUUGAAUAGGCCAGUAUCAGACCUUUAUCAGCAUCCAGGACAGAGCUGCUUUUCCUCUCUUAAGCGCCUUUUUGCUUCCUGGCCAGUGGUCCCUGUUGCAGAGGCUGGGGAGCAGUUUGAAAGAUGGCUCUGGUAUAGAGCCUUUCAUACGUGUCCCAGCUAUAUAGUCCUGAUUGCUGUGGGAUCACAGAUUUCUGCUUCAAUGUGGGGAGUGUAGACUCUUGAGGGUCCUCAUUUUUGUUCCCCACAUUUCUGUAGGAGCAGAUACAUUAAAAUAGCUUGGCAAUGUGAAAUGGCUGGUACGAAAGCUUUUUUUAUUUAAAAAAAAAAAAAAAAGCUCUGCUAGGUGAUACUGUAUUGUAGCAUUUCUACUAAUAAGUGGUCAGUGUCUGUGACUCAGUUGUCUUCUGAGUACCCCAGAACCUUCAGGGCAGUAAUGCUCAUAAUCCAGGGGAAAUCUCUCAUUAGUACAGGCCAUGGAGUAUGUCUGAGAGAUGCUUCUUUGUAGAGUAAACUCAGGGACUUCACAAGCACUGCAAGGAACCCCAAUUUACUACUGAAUACACCUGCUGUGUCUGUGCUGCUGCCUGGGAGAAUGCAUCAUGCCAGGUGCUGCUGAGGCCUCUCGGAUGACACUGGGUAUAUGUCCAGCUCCCCAGGAGACCCUAUAAACCUAUUUGACCUUAUUAAAAACUAUUAGCUCUGUCCAGCCAGGUAAGAUUGUGAGGAAAGGUUGAGAGAGAUAGGGUUGUUCAGCCUGGAGAAGAACUGAAGAAGGCUCUGGGGAUACCUUAUUGUGGCCUUUCAAUACUUAAAGGGGGCUUAUAAGAAAGUUGGGGAAAGACUUUUUAGUAGGGCCUGUUGCAACAGAGCAACUGGUGAUGGUUUUUAACUAAAAGAGGAUAGAUUCAGACUAAAUUAAAGGAAGAAUUUUUUUUACAAUGAGGGUGGUGAAACACUGGAGCAGGUUGCCCAGAGAGGUGGUAGAUGCCCUGUCUCUGGAAGCAGUCAAGGUCAGUUUAGGACGGUGCUCUGAGCAACCUGGUCUAGUUUAAGAUGUCCCUGCUUAUUGCAGUGGAGUUGGACUAGAUGACCUGUAAAGCUCCCUUCCAACCCAAACUGUUCUAUGAUUUUAUGGAAAUGCAGUGUUCUCUGCCUGGCUAUGAACAACAUCACAUUUGUAAUUCAGGGCUCGGGUUUAAACUAGCCUUGGCUUUACAAGGCAAAUCUCCACCCAUCAUGUUUCCAGCCCAGAGUUGCAGAACAGAGGAUAUAUCUCAGCUUUUGCAACCUUUGCACAAAAUGGAAAUAUAAAAAAACACUGAGUACCAGUCCUUGCUUCAAUGGGAGGCAGCAGCCAUAGGAGAGGGCCUGGUGAGUUAACCCCAUCAGUCAGGCUUUUCAGACCAAGGAGGGGAGAGUCCCUUCCCUUGUAGAAAAGACCAAAGCACAGCAGGAUCCUGGCAUUGACUUGUACUGUUCACCAUGUUUUCACAUAAAACUAGAAGCUCUAGGGGUGUCUCCAUGCUCCUGUAGCUCCCAGUGUAAGGGCCUGCCCACUUAAUUGUGGAAUUCAGUAUUAUGCACACUAAGUGCAUGCUUAUUUUUUGUUGAUAAUGGUUGCUCCUGAGUCAGCUCUGACUCAUGCUUUUGCUCUGUUGGUGUCCAGCAGGUGAAGUGUAGCCAUUCAUAAUGGCAUUAAAAAAGCACUACAAUUUGGAGUCUAUGCACUAUUCACCCAGCUGAGCAGGGAGGUUUGAGGCCAUCCCUGUAACCAGCCCAGCCUUAAAGGUGUGGGGCUGAAGCCUGGCAUCGGCAACACCCCCUGCUCUUAGCAUCUUAUGAUUAAUAAUGUUAUUUCAGGGCAGCGGGGAGCCACAGCCACCCAUGCCAUUGGGCAGGUACUGUACAAAUGUGGAACCUUCCCCUUCAUCCUCUUCCUCCCACUCUCCCAACUAAGCUCUGCUUUAAGCAGAUAAAAUUGCAGUCAGCUUCACUGAAGGCAGUGGAGCUCCUCAGCUUCUCAGAAGUGCUUAAAAGCUUUGCUGUUACAAGCUUUUCUACUGUGGCUGUCUGUGGAGGGGCAAAGCUCCUUCCCACUCUGCAGAAAGCUUUGUUUGUAUGAGGUAACACCCAAAACCAUCCUCAGCUUUGUGAAGCCAUUGCAUCUGCAUCAUUUUGCCCAGCUUCACUUUUGUGUCUUCAGUGUCCCUGUAAUCAGCUGCCAGAUCUGCAGGCGAAGGGAAAGCCCUGAGGCCAAAGCAGAACUGUGUUAGAUUCCAAUUUAAUUUUUAAAAAAUUGACUCAAAGAUAUGCAUAUAUUCAAUUAACAUCCCAGACCUCACCACAUCACAUCUUUCCUUUGGCUGAAGUACCAGGAGAACUUCUGCUGAUGUUUCAAUUAGUCUGAUUAUUUUAAGAAGUGAAAUCCACCUCAUUUGUUCUGCUGAUUUUAUUCAAAGAGUUUUCCAAACAAACAACAGACCAGGAGUUGCCCUGGCGUACAUCACAGUGGCCCUUGGUGCCACUGCAACCCCAGAACAGCAUCACUGAGAGACAUCAGCAGAGCACCCACAAGGCAAAGGGUGCGAUGGUCUGAAGGGGGCCUGAGAGGUCCAGAGGGAGCAGCAUGGAAGGAAUAGCACUGGAGCAGGCUCUAGUCCUCCAGGAGCUUUACCUCUGGCUUUGCUGGUAGCUGUCAGGCCAGGGCUAAACCCCAGUCCCAGCUGUAAUUCAGAUCUGCAAAGUACCUCAAACACGCCUGUCAUUUCAUCCUAUGCCACAUGUGGUUUCUGUUACGGGAUUCUGUCACAGCAUCUGUCUAGUUCAGUUGAUUCAUCUGAGUUUGUGUUCUAAUCUAACAUUUUUCAAUAUGCAGUUCAUGCGAAGUUCCUCAUUGUAAUUUCAUGGGUAAACAGCACGGCACAAACUGGAAAAAAUGUCUCCCCCCGCCCCAUGCCAUUUGAUGUUGUACAGCUGUUCCAGAGUUUUCCCUUCUCUUUUCUGUAUGUUUUUGCCUUUGUGUUAUUUGGUCUGUGAAGUGUCAGUAUUAUUUUAUUUUGCUUUUCAAUAAAACAUUUUCACUUUUGCA